AUGGAGGUGGAGCCACAGGCCACGGGGCAGCAGGAGCCGCGAAACGGAGGGCAGCAGCAGCUGCAGAGCGGAGAGCAGCAAUGGCUGCAGGCUGGGGGGCAGCAGGAGCUGCAGACUGGGGGGCAGCAGGAGCUGCAGGUUGGGGAGCAGCAGGCGUUGGUGACGGAGAUGGAGGUGGAGUCACAUGCGGGGGGGCAGCAGGAGCUGCAGAGCAGAGGGCAGCAGCAGCUGCGCAUCGAAGGGCAGCGGACGCUGCCGAGUGGAGGGGAGCAUCCAAGGAAAGGGCAGCCGGAGGUGCCGGGAGAAGGGCAGCUGCCGGCGAGGGAGAAGCAAGUGGCAGACGUGGAAAUGGCCGAGCUAUCACAUGCCGUGGAAAUGCCACGAGAGGAGCAGCAAGAGCUGCAAACAGGAGGGCGGCGCGAGCUGCCGGCGCGCGGUCAGCGGGAGGUCGCGAAUUCGGAUGCUGUAAGCGAAGUGAGCAGAACCUGGGCACGGGGCCGAGGCGGGAGUCGACGUUCCUGCGAAUCGCAAGGGCGGAUUGGAAGCGGGGCUGCCGCACAACAGGCGGAGGGGCAGCCGGGGGCGCCCGGUGCACCCCAGGGAGAGCAGCAGGUAGGGGGGCAGUCGAGGGCGCCCGGUGCACCCCAGGGAGAGCAGCAGGCAGGGGGGCAGCUGAGGGUGCCCGGAGCACCCCAGAGAGAGCAGCACGCAGGAGGGCAGCUGAGGGUGCCCGGAGCACCCCAGGGAGAGCAGCAGCCAGGGAGGCAGCUGAGGGGAGAGCAGCAGGCAGGAGGGCAGCCGGGGGUGCCCGGAGCACCCCAGGGAGCGCAGCAGGCAGGGGGACAGCAAGAGCUGCCCGGAGGUCAACAGGCGUUGGCGGCAGAGAUGGAGGUGGAGCAGGGGGUUGGGGAGCAGCAGGAGCUGCAGGCUGGGGGGCAGCAGGAGCUGCAGGAGCUGGAGGUGGAGAUGGAGGAGCCGCAAGAGGAGGCGCGAGGGGAGCUGCCGCCCGGGCGGCACAGGCCAAGCCGAAGGGUCGCGGGCACGGCACCGAAGGGGGCGACGACAGGGAGGGCAGCGGGAUGGGGGCCAGCCGGGGGCGACCCAGGCACCCCAGGGAGAGCAGCAGCCAGGGGGGCAGCCGGGGGUGACCGGGGCACCCCAGAGAGCGAAGCAGCCAGGGGGGCCGCCGGGGUUGACCGGAGCACCCUGGGGAGCGCAGUAGCCAAGGGGGCAGCCGGGGGUGACCGGAGCACCCUGGGGAGCGCAGCAGCCAGGGGGGCAGCCGGGGGUGACCCGAGCACCCCAGGGAGAGCAGCAGGCAGGGGGGCAGCCGGGGGUGACCGGGCACCCCAGGGAGAGCAGCAGGCAGGGGGGCAGCUGGGGGCGGCAGGAGCACCCCAGGGAGAGCAGCAGGCAGGGGGGCAGCUGGGGGUGGCAGGAUCACCCCAGAGAGAGCAGCAGCUGGGGGUGACCCGAGCGCCCCAGGGAGAGCAGCAGCCAGGGGGGCAGCCGAGGGUGACUGGAGAACCCCAGGGUGCGCAGCAGUCAGGGGGGCAGCCGGGGGUGACCCGAGCACCUCGGGGAGCGCAGCAGCCAGGGGGGCAGCCGGGGGUGACCCGAGCACCCCAGGGAGAGCAGCAGGCAAGGGGGCCGCCUGGGGCGACCGGAGCACCCCAGAGAGAGCAACAGGCAGGGGGGCAGUCGGGGUUGACCGGAUCACCUCAGGGAGAGCAGCAGCCAGGGGGGCAGCCGAGGGUGACCGGAGCACCCCAGGGAGCGGAGCAGCCAGGGGGGCAGCCAGGGGUGACCGAGGCACCCCAGGGAGCGCAGCAGUCAGGGGGGCAACCGGGGGUGACCCAAGCACCCCAGGGAGAGAAGCAGGCAUGGGGGCAGCCGGCGGCGACCGGAGCAUCCCAGAGAGAGCAGCAGCAAGGGGGGCAGCCGGGGGCGAUCGGAGCACCCCAGGGAGAGCAGCAGCCAGGGGGGCAGCCGGGGGUGACCGGAGCACCCCAGGGAACGCAGCGGCUAGGUGGGCAGCCAGGUGUGACUGGUGGAUCCCAGGGAGAGCAGCGGCUAGGGGGGGAGCCGAUGUACGACCUGGAGCAGCAGUUGGUGGAGUGGAGCCGACUUUUGGAGUUAGAUACUCCCAUGGCGACUGCGGAGGAGCCAGAGGAAGACGGAGAGCCUCCCAGACCGCCUUCCCCAUGCCCCCGUUUUCCAUGUGACACGUGUUUUCACACGUUUGCUACGCGAGGGGCUACUGCGAACCACAUGAGGGAAUGCAGGGCAGCUGAGGCGGAGAGGCGCGCGCAGGCACUUGGCUCGAUCCCGUCCCUGGUGGAGACCGACACGCAGGAGAGACUGACGCCGCGGGACUUUGGGGACGAGGCGUGGGCCGGGGUUACGUCAUGGGAGUGGGAAGCAUUUUUCAGUGUGGAGGCGGUUGGAGGGAGGACACGUUUGAAGAGCCGACCGGGGGAUGAAGCCGCUACCCUCCUGCUCUUGGCGUUUCUGCGCCUCAUCCUAGCCGUGCCUCCCAAGCCAGGCAUAGGUCAGAAGGCGCUGAUAAUAGAGCGGCUGGGGGCGUUCUGGGAGGGGAGGUGGCGAGAGCUGUUCGACUCUGCCAUGGCAGCGGCGCGGCCAGCAGUUCGUCCACUCGCCUACACUUGCUCUGACCAGGACCAAGAUGCCAUCCGCCUGUCACGGUGCCGAGCUCAGUGUAAAGUGGGAGAGUGGAGUCGUGGAUUGGCUUGCCUUACAGCAGGAGGGUGGGCUCGAUCGUCUGAGGCCAUGGUGCAGUCGCUGCAAGAGAAGCACCCUGCUAGCACUAGCGAGGUACCAUAG